UACAGUCCAUACGGCGCACAACCACAUAGGCUCCUCUUGGUGGCUGUUCCUGUUCCGGCAGCCUGCCUGGCCUGUCUUCUUCUCUGUGCUCUUGUCUUGGCGAUAUCGACCAGUAUUGUGAGCCAGUGACUGCUGUCUUCUCCCGUCUAACUUUGGUCUUCAGUCUUCCAUAAUAUGGAUAUGGACAUUCAGGGAGUUGAAAAUGAAGCCUUUGGUUUCCUGGUUAAACAGGGGGCAGAAGCUAGAGUGUUCAAGUCAACUUUUGUGGGUCAUUUGUCGAUUGUGAAAGAACGUUUCUCCAAGAAAUAUAGGCAUCCCUUACUUGAUUCAAAGUUGACAGUGAAGCGCUUGAACAUGGAAGUUCGCUGCAUGACAAAAGCCAGGCGUCUUGGUGUCCCCACUCCAGUAUUAUAUGCUGUCGAUCCAAUUCUGCAUACUUUGACAUUUGAAUUCGUGGAUGGGCUCUCUGUGAAGGAAAUCCUAUUAGAUUUUGGAUUAAAUGGUAUUGUUGAAGAACAACUAGAUGAUAUUGCUAUACAGAUAGGAACUGCAAUGGGAAAAAUGCACGAUGGGGGUCUUAUCCAUGGUGAUUUGACCACUUCAAAUAUGAUUAUUAGGGGAGAGACUAAUCAGUUGGUUCUUAUAGACUUUGGUCUGAGUUUCACAUCAACUCUUCCUGAAGAUAAAGCAGUCGAUCUAUAUGUGUUAGAGAGAGCUUUGUUAUCAAUGCAUUCUUCAUGUGGAAAUGUGAUGGAAAAAAUACUGUCAGCCUAUAGAAAGUCUUCAAAGCAGUGGUCAUCCACGAUGAACAAGCUAGCUCAAGUGAGACAGCGAGGUCGAAAACGUACCAUGGUAGGAUGAUUCUUGUGAGUUCCGUGUCCACCGGCACCAAGUUACUAGGUCAGGUUACACAUUGCUGUUAGAUAUGGAACUGUUUUCACUUAACAAAUAUAAGCCUAAAUACACAAUUCAUCAUGUUUGGUGCCAUGCAAUCUCAAUAUAGUGUUGGUGUUCUUGCAAGUAUUGUUGUAUGGUUUAUUGGUUUGUCAUUCGUAGUAAUAUUGUAAAACACCAGUGAAAAAAUUUAUAAAAUUUCACUGCAUAUCCAAGAUUGGCCGUUGAUUUUGUUGGGUAGCUUUGGUAAGAUUCCAAAGGAAUGAUUAUUCUCAAUGUGCCUAGGACCGUAAUUAAACUAAAUGUUCGUAUGUAAACUCAUUAAGAGAUAUAUUAUCUAUGAUUGCCAGCUCCAA